AUGCUACGUCAUCAUAUUGAGAUUUCUACUGAACAUACCCCAGUUGCUCAGAGAAAUAUUCCAAUCGAAAGCGGCAUCUUGUUUGCUAAUCCAAUUCCAAAGGAAUCCUCUAUUCCCAGAGAUGAGAUGGAAUUAACUAUCUCCCAGGCUUUAGCAGAUGCUAAGGCAGCAGGAUCAUCAGGGAGUGAGAACACGCCUUUCGUACUCAACCGCAUUCGGCAGAUAACCGAUGGACGUACUGUUGCUGCUAAUCGCGCUUUAAUCGAAUCCAACGUAGCUUGUGGGACGAAGCUAGCAGUGGAAAUCUCAAGGCUGGGGAGCGAGGAAAGAGGUCGUCGAACAGAGCCAAGUUCUGAUCAGGACCUGCAUAAGGAGGAGAGCGAGUUGUCGCGCGGAAAAACUGUUAGAAUUCCGAAGUCGAGUAGCCCAGCAGAUCCACUACCAGUACUCUCCAGUCAUUCCAAAUCAGCCGAGCGCAAGGCCAGCUUGAGUGAAGUGGUAGUCGCAGGCAGUGUAGCCAUCGAUCUAUCCUGCGACUACCUACCAAGGACCAGCCAAGAUGAAAUCUCUCGGCCGAAUCUCCAGACUUCAAAUCCUGCUUCUAUCCAGCAGAGUGUGGGGGGCGUAGGGUCAAAUGUGGCUAGUGCUUUGCAAUAUUUCGGCAAAGCCCCAAAGCUUUGUAGUAUCGUUGGAAGCGAUGCUGCUGGAUCCAUCGCCAUUGAUGAGCUCAGUCAACGCGGCCUACGUACGGACGGCUUGAGACUACUGAAGGAAGAGCGCACAGCACGUUAUGUUGCGGUGAAUGAUUCCAGUAGGAGCCUCAUGGUUGGGAUGGCUGAUAUGAGAAUUCUUGAGCAGCAAGAAUCGCUCUAUGCUGCAGGUCAACUUGAAAUAGACUCACUCACACAGUGGAUUGACUCUAAGCCUGAUUGGCUCAUUGUGGACAGCAAUUGGGGUCCGACAACUAUGCGUGCUUGGUUUCGGGCUGGUAGAUUAAGACAAGCUCGGAUUGCUGUCGAACCUGUUUCUGUCGCCAAAGCCAAAAGACUGUUUACGGAGCUUCCUCAUCAAGCGCAAGCGUUAGAUUUGCCUGUCUUUCCUAGCCAUCUGAUUGAUAUUGCAACGCCCAACGUUUUAGAGCUAGCUUCGCUCUUUGACGCUGCAAAGGAGACGGGACAUUUCGACAGGGAAGACUGGUUCAAUGUGAUCAAUUCGAUUGAUCUAUCAAGUGCAGGCUCUCGGCAAAAAUUUGAGAAGAUGAUGGGUGCGACUAUAGUGGAUCAUGGUCUGCCACAACGAGCAUUGCAUCUUCUGCCCUUCAUUCCUUGCAUAAUAACGACCCUUGGAAAAGAUGGUGUACUGCUGACACAACUUCUUCCGCCUAACGAUUCUCGACUGACUUCGGCUUCUGCCGCGCCAUACAUCUUAUCCAGAUCUAUCGCUGGCAAUUUAGUUGGUGGAGUGUACAUGAGACUCUUCCCAGUACCUGAGCAUAUCUCUGCCAAGGCCAUUGUGAGCGUCAAUGGUGCCGGAGAUACUUUCCUCGGCGUCCUCAUAGCGGCAUUGAUACACUUACCUAGUCGCGGCGUAGAAGAUGCCAUUGAUAUCGCUCAGAAAGCCAGUGCCAUGACCCUGAAAAGCAACAAAGCUGUCAGUCCAGAGCUCUCCGCUUUGGAACACUUGCUCUGA